UGAGAUAUUCGAGAAACAUCUCAACCAAGAGCUCGUGGGACUGGAAGGAGUGAAGUGUAUUGCAGAUUAUAUCCUUGUUUACGGUACCAACGAGAAAGAUCAUGACCAAAACUUCGAGAGGCUACUGGAACGGUGUAAAGAGAAGAGCAUUAAGUUGACCAAGGGUAAAUUGGAGUUCAAGUGUGAAGAUAUCUCACUCCAUGGUCAUCUUCUCACCAAUGAAGAUUUGAAAGUCGACCCAGGUAAAGUGAAGGCGAUUAUGGAGAUGCCUCUCCUGAAGAAAUCUUAUGUUUGA